AUGGGGACAUGUUUGAGUAAGAAGAAAGGCUCUUCAACUACCACCACCUCUUCUCUUGCUGAAACCAAGUCAACCACAACAACUUCUGUUGUAUUUGAGUGGAAGAAGAAUUCUUCUCAGAAUGGUAUCACAGUUUCCAACCCAAAAGUAGAAACACUGCCAGAACCGAAGCUGAAGAAGGAGAAUGAUAAAGGGCAAGUGAAAAAAGAGAUUUUUAUCAUCAAACACAGGAAGAGCCAUGAUGAAGCAGCUGAGUUAAUAGGUAUGAGAACUUCAAGCUGUACUAAAGAAGACGUGGAUGCAAUUCUUGUACAUUGUGGGAGACUCAGCAGAAAUUCUUCAGGUAAAGCUUCUUUUAAGGAUCAAAGAAGGAGAUUCUCCGGGUCAAACAGAAGUAAUGAUUUUGAUGACAAUGAUACAAUUUUCUCCGAAAAGGAACAAAAGAUUUGUGAUUUGCAUGAGGAUGAUUGGAGGGAGCCUGCAGAGAAACUGCAGUUUCAAUCUCCAAGGUCACUUUCACAGGAUAGAAAUAGAACAAGAAGAAGAAGAACGCCGAGCAGAGAAAGAGAGCAGGAAAAAGGUUCGAGCGGCAUAGAGAGGAGAUUUAGUAUAUCACCUGUAAGAAGAUCUUCAGAUACCGCCACAUUACACAAUGCAAGAAACAACACCAGUACUAGCUCUAAGCCUGCAAAAAUGGUGCCUGUCCCUGCUACUGUUACAUCUUUUGGAAUGGAUAAAAGCAAUAACAAUGAUUGUGGAGAAUCUGCAGCAGGUACAACUGGUAUCAAGAGGAUUACAGUUAGGAGAAAUGUUGGUGUGGCUUCACCGCGUUCUCAAUCUCCUGCAAAAGCAAAUGGGAAUGCAGCAAUUCAGCAGCAGCAACUAUCACUAAGUCGCAAUUCGUCAAGGAAAAAAGAUGAAUCGCCAUACAGAAGAAAUCCACUGAGUGAGCUUGAAUCUAACUCCAUUGCUAUUCCACAUUCAGCAACCAAUUAUAACAACAGCAGGAUGCAAAACAGAUCCAACAUGGAAGUUGAAACAGAAGCUAAACAGAAACCAAAUGCCAACAGAAUUGCAUCAGACAAGGCUGUCGAUGCGAAUUGCAAGACAAAGAUAAAACAAGAUGAAGAUGUUAAAGUGAUGUCUUCGAUGACUGAUAAUGUUGUUGUCAAGACAGUGGUGCCACCGGUGGCUGAAAACCUAAAACCCCGGACAUUAACAAGAAGCAGAUCUUCGAGGCGUUCACGAGACUUAGAGUUGGACCUCAACCCUGAAGAUCUUUUGAUUCCUCCACAGUCCUACACCUCACUGUUGCUUGAAGAUAUCCAGAACUUCCAUCAAAAGAACCCACCACCCCCACCACCCGCUUCUCUCCCAGCUUGUGUUGCUAGAGCUUGCUCUAUCCUUGAAGCUGUUGCUAAUCUCAACUCCAAUACCAGCUCAAAUUUAUCUGGUGUAGAGGACAGGAGAAGUCCAUCAGGUUAUCAAUCCAGUAGGAAUAAAUACAAUGUUCCAUUGGGUACUAGCAAUAGUCAUGGUAAGAGAGUGGCAGAUGCCAAAGAUCCAAUCUUAGAGUCUGAGUUAAUUGUUUAUGAUGAAAUGGUUGAACCGAGCUUACAUAAGUUUGAGACAAUGAAUACGGGUGGUCUGAACAUGGAGAAGCAAGAAUCUUCAGGAAGAAGCAGCUUAAGUGUCAGUAGUGCAAAACAGAUGCGAGGCAUUUCUUCUUCUUGGGAACCUAGUUCUACCGAUUCAAAAGAUUGCCGGAGUGCUAGAUUGAACAAUUGCAUUGACAAGGAUCAGAAAACCUCAAUAGGCUUGGAAGGAAAAAAACGAGAGUGUGAUUACCAGCAGGACAAUGAGAUGGGGCAUGGCAGGCUUGGUGCCGGUAAUUUUCUUCACAUGAAACCAGUCACAGCAGCUGCAUCCACAUAA